UUUUUUUUUUUUUUUGAAUCGAGGUUGAAGCAAAAUUAAUUACAAAACCAGAGCAUUUGAUUUAAAAAAAAAAAAAAACCACAGCAAACAACCUUAAAAGCCAAGCAGCUGCCAUAACGUUGGCAGGAUGAACGGGACGGAAGGUAUCAAUUUUUACGUGCCUAUGUCCAACAAGACAGGGGUGGUGCGAAGCCCCUUCGAGUACCCCCAGUACUACCUAGCCGAGCCCUGGAAAUACCGCAUCGUGUGUUGCUACAUCUUCUUCCUCAUCUCCACCGGUUUGCCCAUCAACCUCCUCACCCUCCUGGUCACCUUCAAACACAAGAAGCUCCGGCAGCCGCUCAACUACAUCUUAGUCAACUUGGCGGUGGCUGACCUCUUCAUGGCCUGCUUUGGCUUCACCGUCACCUUCUACACUGCCUGGAACGGCUACUUUGUCUUUGGACCCAUCGGCUGUGCCGUGGAAGGCUUCUUCGCCACGCUGGGAGGCCAGGUCGCCCUGUGGUCCCUGGUCGUCUUGGCCAUCGAGCGCUACAUCGUCGUCUGCAAACCCAUGGGAAACUUCCGCUUCUCCGCAAGUCACGCCAUGAUGGGCAUCGCUUUUACCUGGAUAAUGGCCUUUUCCUGUGCUGCUCCACCCCUCUUCGGCUGGUCCAGAUACAUGCCGGAGGGGAUGCAGUGUUCCUGCGGCCCUGACUACUACACCCACAACCCCGACUACCACAACGAGUCCUACGUCCUCUACAUGUUCGUCAUCCACUUCAUCAUCCCAGUCAUAGUCAUUUUCUUCUCCUAUGGGCGCCUCAUCUGCAAAGUCCGAGAGGCAGCUGCCCAGCAGCAGGAGUCAGCCACAACCCAGAAGGCUGAGAAGGAGGUGACGCGGAUGGUGAUCCUCAUGGUGCUGGGGUUCAUGCUGGCCUGGACGCCCUACGCCGUGGUGGCGUUCUGGAUCUUCACCAACAAGGGAGCAGACUUCACUGCCACACUCAUGUCAGUGCCUGCCUUCUUCUCCAAGAGCUCCUCCCUUUACAACCCGAUCAUCUACGUCCUCAUGAACAAGCAGUUCCGCAAUUGCAUGAUCACCACAAUCUGCUGCGGCAAGAACCCCUUUGGGGAUGAAGAAGUCUCCUCCACCGUAUCCCAGAGCAAGACCGAGGUCUCCUCCGUCUCCUCCAGCCAAGUAUCACCUGCAUAGACCAUGGACAGUUUGAACUGGGGCGACCUGCCGAGCUUGGGGACCAAGACAGACACCCACGCACCCGCCGUCUCAUUUCACACAGUUGCUCCCUUGUCCCCCGACCCCCUCCCCUGC